GGCAGAACGCACAGCGACUCCGCACGCACAACUUGAGGAUAAUCAACUCCUAUGACCGUGCUCCUAGCGGUUAGCCACUCGCAGUCAGCACCGAACGGUCUUCUGAUACAAGCUCUACUAGGCUACGCCUUCAGAAAGUAUGACCACCACGUCGGUCAUCCCGCCUACAGCGACCCCGUCCACGCUUGUUUCUCUGCUGCCGUACCUGAUAGGACUUGUCGUGUCGAUCCUGUCCGUCAUACUGUCUCUGUAUGUCCGACGCUGGUUACUCUCGCGCAAGGAAUCUAGUCAGCCCUCCGACCUUCCGCUUAUCACCGAAGGGAACUCAGCUGCGAACAUGGCGGAUAACCUUCCGGGAAUCCGGCGUAUGAUGCUCUGGCUUCGUUCAGUCGCCUCGCCGCAGAGGAAACGCUCGCCAACUGUGUCUGAGAAGCCGUGCGCCGCGGAGCGUGAUGGAGAGAAGUCAGCCGAGGUGGAUCUCGAGGGAAGUCUGGCGGAGUACGAGGUGCGUGCCACUGCGAGCCCCCUAUUGAAGGGCAUUCUGACGCCAUCACAUUUGUCGUCGCCUGCGGUCCUCAAGUCGGAAGAGUACCGUGGCGCUCAGCUGGAUGCGCUCAGGGACACAGCGGCUGACCGUUCUACGCCGAGACGGGAUGGCGCAGCCACCGAUGGCCGUUGCGCAGCACCCGCAGGUAGUAUCGCUGAAUUAGAUCCGCAGAACCUGUGGAUCACCGGCCGCUCUCCCCUAGCUGUCUUUCUACCGAGUGUCCGGGUCUUCUGAACGAGUUCAGCUGGAUAGCGCGGCGACUCGUGUCUCGUCUCAACUUGUAUACACCGCCGGCUCGCCCCAGUACGGUCUAUGUAGGCCAGUCUGCUGUGAACAAUGACAAUUUGGCUCUGGGGAUGGAAUAGCAACGCCGGUCAUGCAAAUGCGCGAUGUGUCAGCAUACAAUGAACAAGCGACUGUCCGAGGCCACGGAACGCCUUUGUGGACAAUUGAUAUGGAAACUGGUGGCAGUAUGCAAACGUACCGGC